AUGGCGGCUUUUACUCCUCGAGAUGCAGACAACGUCUUGCGAAGCAUCUUCAAGCGAUGCGUCGAAUGCCCCAAAACCGAGAGGCCAUCAUGCUCAUCCAUGAAGGAGCCCUGCGGUAAGGGCUUCAUGUGCGUCUACACUCCCGAGAGCUGCGAUAGCUGCGCCUUCGUAUCCUGCAUAGCCGAGAGUAUGGAUCCAACUUCAUCCGCAAAGAAAUCGGACGGUCCCAACGUAGGCGCCAUCGCUGGAGGUGUGGUCGGAGGAGUCGUCUUCGUUGCAAUCAUGGUUUUUGUCGUCUGGAAGUUCUGUCUCAAGGGCCGUCGGCGGCCAUACGACGAGGGAGAAUGGCAAGAGGUGGACAUGGCUACGCAAGAGAAGGCAGACAGCGAAUUCAUCUCCCGAAGAAACACCCGGGCCUCCACGCACACGGUCGCAUCCAUGGCCUCGUCUGUCCUCACCCGCGCUUCCAACAUCAUCCAGAUCGCCUACAUCCCCGGUGUCACCAACCGCUCAGGACCUGGAUCUCCAGACCUCCUCGUGCCCCCCGUCCCACCGAUUCCCGCCAUGUCUCCGUCGACUGGUAUGAGCAGCCCGUAUUCCGCCUCCGAACAGCACUUCUUCGUCCCCGACUUCCGCGAUUCCAUGGCCUCCACCAACACGGACGUACGCAGCAGCUUUGCUCGCACCAGCAUCGCACCCAGCCUUGCCCGCGCCAGCGUUGCCUCGACCAUGUACCGCCAGAACGCCAUCGUCUCUCCUCUCCCCGCGCAGACCAUCGUCCGAGGCAAGGCGGCCGUCGUCAGCGUCAAGUCGAGCGGUUCUAACUCGCCGACCGACACGCCUGGCUUGGAGACUCCUCCCGUCCCUCAGAUCGAUCCUAAGCACACCGUCAAGCCCGUCCGCAUUCAGAUGCCAGGCGUCUCGACCUCGCCCUCGCUCAGCUCCUCGAACUCGAUCCGAAGCACUGCCACUCUCGGAAAGGUCAAGGCGCUCACCAUCACCAAGAAGAAGUCCGCCGCAGACACCACGACCACCACGACCACUACCACCCGCACCCCAAGCUUGACAUCGACCGCGACGGAAGACACGCUCAUCGCGCCCGACGUUCUCGUUCCUCCUAUGCGACCGUUGACAGACAUCUCUGCCACAUCGACCGACGAUGGCUUUGGCCAUGCCCGCGCUCGCAAGGCCGAUAUGGAUUCGGAUUCAGAGUCCGACAGCGACGACCACUCCCGCGCUCGUCGCAGCCUCCUCCGCGACUCGCAGGUCACUGAUAUUCAGGACACGCCUGCUACUGAGCAGAGUCCCUUCUCGGACAAUUCCGCGAUCGAGCCCUCCCGGCCAGACAUGGCGAAACGAACAACGUCAUCCUCUAGCGGGCUUCGUGCUCCCAUGAGCCCGAUCCGGGAAGAGGCGUCCAAGCGUGCGAGCCACGCAUCCAAGCGGACGCAGAGCCCAUUUUCAGACGACAACAGGAGCGAGCUUUAA